CGGAUACAGACAAAUGCCCGCGGUCCGCUGUCUGCGAGUCCUCUUCCACCAUCGGAUUACAGCCGAGAGCACGUUUAGCACCCACACGGCUGUAAAACCUCGCUAUAAAUCGACAUACCAACAUGAGUGGACUGCAGUGCCUUGCUGCCGAGAAUAUCUGGUUCGAUAAGCACCGCUAUGAUGAGGCAGAGAAGCGCUUCUACGAGGGACCCAACGGCCCCGCCACACACUCCCAUCAACAGGUGAAAACGGCCGUGCAGGCGGCCAAAGGGCGUCAGCAGAAACGGCAGCACAGAAAUUCCUCUUCACAUACAGGAGCUGACCAGGAGUUGGUCUCACGCAUGAAGAGCCUGGAGCUGGAGAACCAAAGUCUGUACAAAGUGGUGGAGGAGAUGAGGGCAGCCCUGCAGAAGCUGGAGUCCAGGGUGGCCAUGCUGGAGAAGACCCCGACAGCAGUUACUGCCCCAUGCACCAAAGCUGCUCCAGUCCAGCAAGUAAGGGUGGUCAACGGUGGUGAUGACGAUGAUGACUUUGACCUGUUUGGCAGUGAUGAGGAGGAGGACGCUGAAGCAGAGCGCAUAAAGCAGGAGCGCCUUGAGGCCUACGCCGCCAAGAAGGCGAAGAAGCCUAGCAUCAUUGCCAAGUCCUCUAUCCUGUUGGACGUCAAGCCUUGGGAUGAUGAGACAGACAUGGUCAAGCUGGAGGAGUGCGUACGCUCGGUGGAGGCUGACGGACUCCUGUGGGGAGCAUCCAAGCUGGUACCAGUAGGAUAUGGCAUCAAGAAACUGCAGAUCAGCUGCGUGGUUGAGGAUGACAAGGUCGGCACAGACAUGCUGGAGGAGGAGAUCACCAAGUUUGAAGACUACGUCCAGAGUGUGGAUGUUGCCGCCUUCAAUAAGAUCUAAAACCCUCCCUGCUUCAAAGCUGCUGCUGCUUUCGGCUUGUACUCUUAAAAUAAAAUCUGAGCUGUGAGCACAACUAA